AUGGUUACAACCAAGAUUUCCGCCCUUCUGUUCAUCAUAUGUCGUUCGCUGGUAUUUGGGUGUUCUCCUGGAGGAACUCUAGCAAGCGAUGCAGAAAUUGUCCAGGAUCCCGAAUUCGUAUUUUCUGUAAGCCCACCAGUUGGAUGGACCUAUUUCCCUCCAUUAGCGAGUACAGGAAUCAACACAGCGCAGACAGUAAAUUAUUUCCCAGGCCAAGGAUUAUCGCUGAAUGACGCAGCAAAUCGUGCUGCAGCCGAUGUUACUGCAUCUAUGCUAGAAGCUUUCAAUGAGGUUGGGAUACUAGCCCCGGGUGUUCAAAUAACCGUAAUCUACGAGCCCGAUAUGAUAAGCAACUGCUACAUCGGAACGCUUAUAACAGCUGGAACAAGAAUCGGCGUUCUUUCCGGUGGUGCAAUAACCGAAAUCGGAUUAGUACCAAACACAGGUCUUACCCUGCAAACCUGUUCUCCAAUCAAUGGAAUCGAUUUCUUAGAAUACGUCAAAGUACGUCUAUCACCAUAUGCAGCCAUUUAA